CUGCACGCGUGCUGGAGAAGCGGGUCCUACGCACGCUUUGUUGCCCGCGCUUUCCCUCGGUCCUUCCCCCUACUCCCGCCUUACCUGACUUCCUUUUGGGAGGAAGAUCCUUGAGCAACCAACGGUGGGACAAAGGAUUUGGCGAAACCCAGGGCUAAAGUCACGUUUUUCCUCCUUUAAGCCUUACCUCAACACUUCACUCCAUGGCAGUUCCCGAGACCCGCCCUAACCACACUAUUUAUAUCAACAACCUCAAUGAGAAGAUCAAGAAGGAUGAGCUAAAAAAGUCCCUGUACGCCAUCUUCUCCCAGUUUGGCCAGAUCCUGGAUAUCCUGGUAUCACGGAGCCUAAAGAUGAGGGGCCAGGCCUUUGUCAUCUUCAAGGAGGUCAGCAGCGCCACCAACGCCCUGCGCUCCAUGCAGGGUUUCCCCUUCUAUGACAAGCCCAUGCGUAUCCAGUACGCCAAGACUGACUCAGAUAUCAUUGCCAAGAUGAAAGGCACCUUCGUGGAGCGGGACCGCAAGCGGGAGAAGAGGAAGCCCAAGAGCCAGGAGACCCCAGCCACCAAGAAGGCUGUGCAAGGCGGGGGAGCUGCCCCUGUGGUGGGGGCUGUCCAGGGGCCUGUCCCGGGCAUGCCGCCGAUGACUCAGGCGCCCCGCAUUAUGCACCACAUGCCGGGCCAGCCGCCCUACAUGCCGCCCCCUGGCAUGAUCCCACCGCCAGGCCUUGCACCUGGCCAGAUCCCACCAGGGGCCAUGCCCCCGCAGCAGCUUAUGCCGGGACAGAUGCCGCCUGCCCAGCCUCUUUCCGAGAAUCCACCGAAUCACAUCUUGUUCCUCACCAACCUGCCAGAGGAGACCAAUGAGCUCAUGCUGUCCAUGCUUUUCAAUCAAUUCCCUGGCUUCAAGGAGGUCCGCCUGGUCCCUGGGCGGCAUGACAUCGCCUUCGUGGAGUUUGACAAUGAGGUACAGGCAGGGGCAGCUCGUGAUGCCCUGCAGGGCUUUAAGAUCACGCAGAACAACGCCAUGAAGAUCUCCUUUGCCAAGAAGUAGCACCUUUUCCCCCCAUGCCUGCCCCUUCCCCCGUUCUGGGGCCACCCCUUUCCCCCUUGGCUCAGCCCCCCGAAGGUAAGUCCCCCCUUGGGGGCCUUCUUGGAGCCGUGUGUGAGUGAGUGGUCGCCACACAGCAUUGUACCCAGAGUCUGUCCCCAGACAUUGCACCUGGCGCUGUUAGGCCGGAAUUAAAGUGGUUUUUUGAGGUUUGG